CCUAGGUAACAGUUACUGUUACUGAGGUAUGAUUAAAGCUGUCAAUUUUCGUAGUUAGUUUUGUCAUUUGGUGUCAUAUAUUUAUUGUAACUAGUAGCAUAAAUACGUCCUUUUUUGAAUUUGUUUUGAAAUAUGGAUGCAUUCGACGAUAACGAUGCAGAAGAAGCUGAGGAAGAGCAGGAAGAGGAAGAAGAACUCGAUCCGAAUAAUCCAGACCAUUUAUAUAUUAUUAUAGAAAGAAGUAUCAAUCAGAUGUUGGGUGAAAUUGAAGCAAAUCCUGAAAUGAGUCAGUAUGCUGAAGAGAUCAACAGGGCGUACGAAUUUCUCUACAGAACAUACACGAGCGAGAAAAAUCUUGAAAAAAAAGUCGAAGAAAUGACCGAGGAGCUGACAGCAACCAAUGAAAAGCUUGAAGUAGCUUUACACAUUACCGAGGCUGACACUACAACUAUCGCGGAUUUAACCGAAGAACUGGAAAAGACCUGGAAACUUGCCGAUAAUGCUCAUUUAAGAGAACAAAUGGCUCAAGAAAUAAUUGAUAAUUUGAGAAAGGAAAUUGCCGCCCUGAAUGCAGAACUUGAUUUCAAAAAUAAAAUGGGCGGAGAAGAAGACGAAGCUGCUGCUGAAACGGCAAAAACCCAAGAAAGUCUCAUUCGAGAUAAAGAGCGUCUUCUAACAGAAAUAGAUAAAAUGACUCAGAAAUUAACCAAUGCUCUAGCUUAUCAAGAAGACCUAGAACGAAGAGCUUCUACUCAAGAUUUACAAAUUGAGAGUUUAACUACGGAACUAAAUAGUCGUGACGAAACAAUAAAAAAGAAAACCGAAAACGAAGAGAUCUUAAAAGCACAGUCAAAUGAACAAGCGAAGGUGAUAGAGGAAAAAGACAGGGAAAUUCAAGACUUUAUUCGUAAAGUGGAAAAGGCUAAUAAGCAGCGUGAUGUGUCCGAUAAUUUACUAAGGGAAACAAGACUGAGAACAGACAAACUUAUGAGAGAAAAUGAGACGCUUAAUGCAAAACACGAAAAGCUUCAAGACGAUUAUAAUGCAGUUUUAGAAGUUACUGCCGAAAUGAAAAAUGCAACGCAAAAAAAGAACUUAGAACUCAAGCUGAAAGAAGACGAAUGUAGGUUUUUAAGGAAAGAUUUGGGAAAAAUGACAAAGCUAAAGGAAUUUGGAGACCGAAAACUAAUAAAAAUGGAACAAGGAAGAGCUGAGAUGAUUGAAGGUCGGAAUCAGUUAAGACAAGUUAUAGCUGAUAUGGAAAAAGACGUCGAAAAAUAUAAAAAGCAAUCAGAUGCCGAUAAAAGAAUUAUAGAAGAACAAGGCAGGGAAAAAGAUGUGCUAAGCAAGAAUUUAUUACGUUUGCAAGCUGCUUCACGUGAUCACAUUAAACUCAUUAAAAUUCAACAACAAAUUAGAAAGAAAAUAGAAAAGGAAAUGGACGAUUAUAUAAAAGAAAUUGGCAAACAAGCGAAAGAGAAAACUGCUCUUGAAAAGGAAAGGGACAGAUUGGUGGAAGAAAGUAUUGAACUAAGCAGAAAAAUAGAAGAGACGAUGGACGAAGUCAAAAUAAAAAAAGCGGAAAUAUUUGGACUUAAAAAAAUGAUUACGGAGGUUGAGGCAAAGCUAAAAAUGCAGCAAAAUCUUUUCGAUGCCAUAAGAGCUGAAAGAAAUCAAUUCCAAAAAGCAUUACAAGAAUCCAUGGCAGAAGCGGGAGAACUUAAGGGAAAACUCAAAAUAUCGAUACAUCAGACUGAACAGCUCAAAGAAGACGCAUCAAUGAAGGAACACGACGUUAUUAAAAUAGAAAACGUACUUAAGAAGUUGUUAAAGGAAAAAGAAAAUUUAAAAAUUGAAAUAAACAAUCAUUUAGAUAAGAUCAAGGACCUGAAGGGGGAAAUAACUGAAAUGUCAGAAGAAGAAAAAAGACUUCAUAAAGUCAUUAUGGAAAACGAAAGAACCAUUAAACAACAAGUAAAAGAUUUAGAAAAUUUAAUGAAAGAAAGGGACAUAUUAGGGUCUCAACUUGUAAGAAGAAAUGACGAAUUGGCACUAUUGUACGAAAAAAUUAAAAUUUUACAAACAACCCUGUACAGAGGAGAAGCUCAAUACGAGCAAAGAGUGGAUGACAUUCGUCUGCUAAAAGUGGAAAUUAAAAGAUUAAGGCAAGAGAAAAAACUUUUAUCGGUGUCUGUAAGCAAUAUUUCCGAUCUCCGAAAGGAGGUAAUUAAUUUGGAAAAAGAUCUCACGAAAGAAAGAUUAAAAGUGCGUGCUUUGGAACAAGAAAUUCAAACACCCUUAAAUAUUCAUCGGUGGCGCAAAUUGGAAGGAUCUGAUCCAGAUGCUCUGGAACUUAUUCAAAAAGUGCAAAUUCUGCAAAAACGUGUUAUCAAUAUUACUUCGGAAUCAAUCGAACGUGAAAGGCAUUUAACAGAAAUUGAAUCGUUGUAUACAACACUCAAACGAAUGGUAGAAAAGCAACCCGGUCCAGAAAUACAAACUGAACUAGUAAAAACACAAAAAGCGCUCGUAUCGAGAUCCAAUAAAAUGAAGUGUUUAUUGUCCGAAUUAAAUAUGACAGAGCAAAAUGCUUUACAAUAUAAACAAGAAAUGGAAAAACUCAAGGAUGAGAUCAAAGAACUGCGAAAAAAAUACUUGUGGGAGAAAAAAUCCCGCCGAAAACUAUGCGAAUUUUUAGCAACGAUUGAUAAACCUAGCCAAGACACAAACCACAAACAAGGCGGCCGAAAUCAAACGAAUCAAACAAAAUUUGCCGGUGGCGGUUUUAGAAUGUCGAUAGACGGUGUAACCAAAUAAACAGUAGAAAAUAAAAGGUGUUUCUUCGU